GCCUUAAAAAUAUUUCGCAGUGAGGUGAGCGAAAAAGGUACCCUCGUUUAACCUUCUUUAUGAUGCGCUGAGUUUUAGCUGCUUAGGCGCCGUUUAAGGAGCCCCUUAGAGUGCGGCGUGAACAGCUGUACGGUUGGGGGAGGGCAAAAAUAAGAAAGGCAUGAAGGAUAAGAAAGCCAAGAGAGUUAAACCCCCCUUUAGAGUUAGCUUCACCGUUUGUACAACGCACAGGACUUGGGGAAAAAAACCCAAACGCAAGGAGUUUAACAUAAAGCAGCGAUCUGCGUGUGGCACGCGGACGAUACCUACUUGCGGAGGUGGGGCAUUCUUAGGGGCUUCUUUCUCUUUCAUUUGUGACAAAAGUGUGAUCAUUUGAAGUGUGCCUUUAACAUGAGUAGAAAAGUUACAAAGAUAUAAAUACGCAUGUGUGGACCUGCAAAGGCUGAAGCGCUAGUCGCAAGAAAGGUGCCCAUUCUGCUUCCGCGUGCGAAGCAUAAGCUAUAGUGAAGUCACCCACAGCAAAGGCAACAAAUAGAGUUGCGUAAACAACAAAAUGGAGCACGUGCGCUUUUGUUUUGCCAUGUGACCAGGGAGUUAGUUCAAAAAUGGCAGAUUGGUAGAAAAACUACCAACACAUGCGCACACAAAUGCGACAAUAAGGGAGGUUAAAAAAAAAAAAAAUUGUGACAAGAAAAGUUGCCUUAAUUCGUUACAGGUAAAUCCUCGUAUGACAUGCGCGUAGUUUAAGUAGUG